AUGAUACAUCCGUCAUUUGCAAUACCUACUGCUUACGGUCUUGGCAAGUGCAAUGUCCUCAUUUUCGAUCUUGGAGGAGGAACACUCAUUGCCACAGCCCUCCCUUAUGGUCUUGGCGAGCGCAAUCCCUCCCUUAUGGUCUUGGCGAAGCACAAUGUCCUCAUUUUCAAUCUUGGAGGAGGAACACUCAUUGCUGCAGUCAUCCCUUACAGUCUUGACAAGAAAGCUGUUAUCUUUGAGGAGGAUCCCUCAAUGUGUUCCCCCCAUGCCCAGGGGGGCAUCAAUGAUCACCCCCAACAAUCUGGCUAUCUCCCCCCUCCUCUGGCAGCUUUGCGGGCGGUAGUGCUUCCCUGCAAUAUCACUAUAGCCAUCCUGCGGAUGGCAGCAGCACUAGCCCACAAUUCAGCAGUCCCCCCCCUCCCAGCCCUUUUGCAGGCAGCCCAACUAGUUCACGCCCCCCUCCUUUCAACCCUCGUGGUGACGGCAGUGCUGCUUCCUCCCCACAGUUCAACUAUGGUGCCCCCCCCUCCCCCCAGCACUCAGUCCUCCCCACAGUUCAACUAUGGCGCACCCGCUCCCCCCAGCACUCAGUCCUCCCCACAGUUCAGCUACACUCACCCUCCCCCUCAUAACAGACAUGAGUUAGUUGUGCAGCCGGAUUUUGUCCUUUGA